AUGACCCGCUACCAGUUACUGACCAAAGUUCCGUUACAGUCUGGCAUGGGAAUUGACCUCGCCAAGAACCUCUGCGCAAAAGGCUGGAAGGUCGCAUGUGUAGGUCGGCGCCACGCGGCUGGUGACGCCCUCAUGAAAGACCUACCGCGGGAUAGAGCGCACUUCUUUGCAGCAGAUGUCUCCAACUAUGGAGAGUAUGCGAGUGUAUUCGGCAAAGUGCAUCGGCUCUGGGGGCGUAUUGAUGCGUUAUGUGCCAAUGCCGGUAUUGUCGAUACGUCUUCCAUCUACAUCUACGACUCGAAGAACAACAGUGUGGACAACAUACCGUCGGCACCGGAUCUGUCCCCUGUGGACAUAAACUACAAGGGCGUUGUGUAUGGUACCCAGCUGGCAAUCCAUUUCAUGCGCCAUAACCCGCAGCCAGGUGGUCGCAUUGUCGUCACGGGUAGUAUUGGCGCAGUCUUCCCCCAUGAGUCGUAUCCGGUAUACUGUGGCUCCAAGGCUGCAGUGAACCACUUCAUCCGUGGCGUUGCGCCAUUACUGAAGCAAAAGGAGAAUAUUUUUAUCAAUUGUGUCAUGCCGGGGAUUGUGAGCACGCCCAUUGUGCCACCCGAGAUGAUUGCUGCUGUCACUCCGGAAUGUCUCACUCCUGUGCAGACCAUUCUCGAAGGCUAUGAAACCUUUUUAGAAGACUGGACUGGCAUGACAGGUGAGCUAUUAGAGUGCUCAGCCGACAAGUUGAUCUACUACCAGAUGCCCGAACCCGGAAAUGGUAAUAUCACAAAGCGGGCUGUCACAGUCUGGGAGCCACUAUUCCGCAUCAUGCAUGGCGAAGACUCUGGGCUGCAGGAUGCUAUCCAGUGA